AUGGCAUCUCGUACAUUCUUACCACGACAUCUCAUCCGCUCAGCCAGAAUCUCAUCACUGUCAACCCUGCCACAUCAAACCCGUCUCAUGACAACAUCACCACCAAGUUUUCCCGCAUUAUUCGCCCGAGGCGGAACAUCAAAUGGCCUAGUUAUUCAUAGAAAGGACCUCCCUCCCGAGUCCCAAUGGAGUCAAGUUCUCCCUUCAGCAAUGGGCUCGCCUGACCCGUACGUGCGUCAACUCGAUGGUAUGGGCUCUGGUAUAUCGUCAACUUCAAAAAUUGUCAUUCUCGGGCCACCUUCUCGCGACAACGUUGACGUGGAAUUUACCUUUGUGCAAGUCGGAAUUCAAGAUGGAGGUCUUGAUAUGGCUGGCAAUUGUGGCAACAUGUCUUCCCUGGUUGGCCCUGUAGCCUGGGAUAGUGGGUUGGUAUCGUCAAAGACUGUCGAGACGGACCAAGAUGGAUCGCAAUGGGCUACGGUGAGGUUUCUCAACACCAAUACCAACAAAGUAAUGUCGUCAAAGUUCCGUGUGGAGGGCUCACCCUUGCGAUAUACACACAAAGGAGACUAUGCUAUGGAUGGUGUCCCAGGCACAGGCUCAAAGGUUGUCAUGAGCUUCCUCGAUCCCGCUGGCGCAAAGACUGGGAAGGCUCUUCCUACAGGAAAUACAGUAGACUCUCUCACGUUGAGUGAUGGAACUACAGUUAAAGCAUCUCUUGUUGAUGUUGGAAACCCAGGUGUCUUUAUCAGUACCGAAAGCCUGGGAAUGGCUGACCAUCUAUCCCUCGCGCCAGCUCUCGUGGAAUCCAAUGAUCAACUUAAAGAUAGGCUGGAAGAGAUACGCCAAGCAGGUGCCAUUUUGAUGGGCCUUGAUCCAAAAGUCAAGAGUGUCCCCAAGAUUGUUCUUUUGUUUCCUUCGAGCGGCUCAUCAGAGGUUGAUAUUCGAUGUCUCGCCUUGUCGAUGGGCCAAGCACACAAGGCCGUGCCAUUGACCCUCGCACUCUGCCUUGGAGCAGCUUCUCAGCUGAAAGGCACUAUUGCGUCUGAUCUUAUAGACGGAAAGUCGAAGGAUACGGUUACCAUCGGGCAUCCUAGUGGAAAGGUUGAUAUUGGAACUGUGAUUCGUGAUGACAGAAUUGAAUCUGCACAGUUGUUGAGGACGGCGAGGAUACUAAUGAAGGGCGAUGUAUAUUAUUGAUGUGUUACUUCCUGUACUCUACAUAGUUGGUAAGAAUUUACUUACAAUUAUGUUGUUUUCUUUG